UUUUUGGCCACAGGGGAAUCAUUUGCCUCCCUUAGCUUUCAGUACAGAAUUGGAAGAAGCACCGUCUCAGGUAUUAUUCAAGAGACAUGUGAGGCACUGUACCUUGUGCUUAAAGACAUUUACAUGAAGACUCCAGUGACAGAAGUUGAGUGGAGAGAGGUGGCUAAAGGAUUCCAGGGAAGGUGUCAAUUUCCACAUUGUCUCGGGGCAAUAGAUGGCAAACAUAUAACAAUCCUCCCCCCUGCAAACAGUGGGAGCACUUUUAAGAACUACAAAUCUCGUUUUUCUGUCUUGCUGAUGGCUGUUGCUGAUUCCAAGUACAGAUUUUUGUAUGCUCAUGUUGGAACUCAGGGUAGAGUUUCUGAUGGGGGCCUCUUCGCCCACUCCGAUCUCCAAGAGGCAAUGGACAAAAACAUUCUAAAUAUACCUUUGGCUGAAACACUGCCAGGCACAAAUAUUGAGAUGCCUUACAUGUUUGUUGCGGAUGAGGCUUAUCCUCUCCGCACUGACUUGAUGAAACCAUACCCUUCUCGACACCUUACUCACGACCAGCGUAUUUACAACUACAGGUUGUCACGAGCAAGACGUGUCAUUGAAAAUGCCUUUGGAAUACUCGCGAACCGAUGGCGAGUAUUUCUCUCCACAAUUCACCUGGAUCCAGUGGCAAUAUCUAAGAUUACCAUGGCUUGUCUUGCCCUUCACAAUUAUAUGCAAGCACAUGCUCCAGAUACAUACAUCCCUCAAGCACUUAUUGAUACAGAGGAUGCAGAACUUCAAAUCAUCCCUGGUGGGUGGCGGAAUGAUGCACCUCUCCCAACUAAACCUGUAUCCCAUGCAAGAAAUAGCUCCACAACUGCUAAAGAUCAGAGGGAAAUUUUAAAAGCUUACUUUCUUUCACCUGCAGGGUCAGUCCCAUGGCAGGAACACAUGUUGUGAAAAAUCCACACAAUUUGCACCAGCUGAAACUAUUGAAUAUAAAGUUGCAUAGUUUGUAAUUUUGCCAGAAGCUUUAAAUGUUUUCUAUCUAGA